AUGGUAGCAGCGCUGUCGGUGCUGUUCUCACCUUUGCAAGUCAGGCACAGCACCCUCGGAAUGUGCCUCUCCGAAUCGUGCCUUCGCUACAUCAACAAGCUCGAAUCUUCCAUGGAUCUGGAGUUGGACCCGUGCCAAGACUUCCACGCCUACGUGUGCUCCCACUGGAAGCCUGUGGCCGGUGGGCGUUCCUUCCUAGAAGACGCCGUGUUGGACUUUCAGGGCAAAAUUGCAGCACAAGUGAUGGCUAUCACGGCACCCAAAAAGAACCAAAACAACUUGCAGAAAGGCGCAUCGUUCUACCAGAGCUGCGUUAUUAAGACGGACCAUGGUAUACACUACUUGAAGGAUUUUCUCAACAUGACAGGCUUAACCUGGCCGGCCGUCGAUGUGGGCCACGAUCCCUUCCGUGUCCUCUUAGAUCUGUCUUUCGAAUGGCGGUGCCCGGUGUUUUUCUACGCCUAUGUGUCUUCCGGCAAAGCUGACAAUUACCGACUUCACUUGAUGGACAUGUUUAUGGGAAUAGACUUCAGUGCAUUUGUGACUGAACACCGCUCCAGAGGCGGCAACGUUCGUCACGUUUGCCGCCUCUACGAAGUACUAGCAGAUGUUCCCGAUGGCACUGAAGUCAAAAAUCAGCAUGCAAGUUUGUGCCAUGGUAUAGCUCAGCUUCAGUCGUAUCUUAUAGACCGCUUGGACGUUCAUGAAGCACUUGGCUCCGCCUCUUACUCCAAUGUCGACGACUUCGCUUUGAACACUACGCCAGCUAUUUCUGGGGAAGAGUGGGUGCGUGGAAUUGCCCUUAAUUCGCUCCGAGGAACAUCCUUCUCUAGCCGAACGCCAGUCGACGUCAAAAAUCCUGAAUACCUGAUGGCUUUGACGACGAUUCUAACGGACACACCGAGAGAAAAUGUGCUUCUCUUUAUCGGUUUAACUGCAAUCCAGGCCAUCGGGCGCUUUGUAAGCCGUCAACUAGCGGAAAUAAUUUAUCCUGAUGAAUGGUCCGUCGCUCAGCAGCGCCACUACACUGUCUGCUGCCACAUGACCGAUGCCGCCAUUUCGGGAGCUUUGAGUAGCUCAGUUACUCCCUACCUGUUCAACGACCGUCGAUUACGGAAGAUGGAAGAGGUGGCCAGAAUAGUAGUAGGAUCAUCCCACCAGUUAUUGAGACAGUCGGCUUGGCUAGGACCCAAAUCAAAACAGGUCGUGAUCACAAAGAUAGCCCGCGCUGCGCUUCUCUUGGGUGAUCAGGAAAUAGAUUCGGAGGCCACAGAAAACACCCCUCUUGAAGACAUGACAGAUUUCUUAUUGCACAAUGUCAAGAGCCUGCCGAGCGACUAUUGGGCCCGGGUCUUCAGGCGCUUGAAGUCAACCACCAUCUGGACCAAUCCUUGGCACCAGGCUAACGGCUCGUACGCGCCUUCAACACUUUUCAUUCCGGACGUUUAUAUGCUCGAGGGGGUUUUUCCAGACGGUGCGUACGAAAGCGUGUACUACGCUUCCGUAGGAUCUUUGAUAGCCCGGCAGGUAUCCGCCACAUACGACCUCAAGGGACGAACCAUCGACGGCGAUGGCAAGGAACGGCCUUGGCUUUCACUAGAAGAACAACUCAGGCAAGAUCGACUAAUCGAGUGUCUCGUGAAGGCGUUCGAGCAUCACUACAAUGGUACGGAAGUGACGUCAGACGAAACGAAGUCCGCGCUCUACGUAGCCUGGGAGAGCCUCUCUCCAUUACUUACUGCGCUCCAGUUCAGUCCAGGCUAUCCGGACUACAGCGCCGGCUUCCGGAACUCUUAG